CAAGAGCACCACCACCACCGCCCUCACACUCUCUCUCUUCCCUCCCCCUCGAAAUAAAGCGAGAACCCAACGUUUAAACAGUCCCGACUUUUCACCAAAAAGUACACAGCAACCAACAACAAUUAUACAUAAUGGUGAACGCCACCAACGUUGCCGCAGCCGAAAACGCUGAAAAGGAACAGCAGCAACAACAGACACAAACCUCGGAACAACAACAACCACAGUCGACCGGGAACAGCGCUGCUGCUAAUGACACCAAUGACAACAAAGCCGAAACGGCUGCUGAAAAGCAAACCGUUGCUGCACCCGCACCUGCCGUAAAUGUAUGGCAGGUACGGAAAUCUGCUGCCAGCAAUGGUGCCGAAGCAACCACUGAACAAAAGGCUGCCCCCAGUUCCGCCUGGCCUGCACCAAAGGAAGCCUUGGAUAAGCCUGCUGCUGAAGAGGAGCCUAAGAGCAAAUUUGCUGCACCAAAAGUAGGCAAAGGAAGAGGUCAAUGGAAGCCUUAUACCCCGACCAUUACACACUCUACUCCCACGCCCAAUGGUCGCGCACGCAGCACGCGUGGUGGCCGUGCACACGGUGACCGUAGAGACGUCCGCAAACCUCGACGAGGUAGCUAUCCAUCGCGUCAAUAUGCAAAGAGCAGCAGCAAUAGUGAGAAGCAGCCCACUGAGGAAAAUGCAAGUGACGAAAAGGCAUCUGCUGCUACUUCCGCCCCAGCCGAAAACGGUGCUUCAUCCACCACUACUACCACUGCCGCCGUCUCUGCUGACACUGCCGCCACCAAGCCAUCCACUACCACAUCCACCAACAACACCUCUACUACAUCCUCCGCCACUACUACUACUACCACUACUACCACCACCACCGAACAGCGAUCGUUGUCAUCAUCAGCGACUGCAACAGAGGCACCUUCUUCUUCUUCGCGGGCACCAGCAACGAAUGGCUCGUCUUCAUCAUUUCAUCACGGCCGCGGCGGUGGUUUCCGUGGACGAGGCCGUGGACGCGGUCGUGGUGGCUUCCAUGGUAGCCGCCGUUACGAUUACAUGAACGCCAGCCGGUUACGACCUUAUUACAUCAACGUCGACGCCGAGACGCUCAAGUUGUACAUUUUGCAGCAAAUUGAGUACUACUUUAGCGUCGACAAUCUUUGCAAGGACGUUUUCUUGCGCAGCCAGAUGGAUGCGGAAGGUUAUGUGGACAUCCAGUUACUCGCCAACUUUAACCGUGUCAAGGCACUUGCUGCCGACAUCAGCCUGAUCAAUGAGGCUUUGGUCCACAGCCAGUUGCUCGAGGUCAAGAACGACAAAGUCCGCAGACGCGAGGGAUGGCAAACAUGGAUUCUCCCUGCUACUGCGAACAAUGCUGCUGCUACCAAGACGGCCGCCGAUGCCGUCAAGCAAAACAUCCCCGCCAACGCACCACAACACCCCACUCUUGCGUCGUUGGCACGUCCCGCUGCACCUCCAACCGUCAAGUCGCCUGCCGUAGCACUCAAUGGUGAACGUCGCAAGUCAGUGCAGCAGCAGCAGCAACCAAAGGAAGACGAUGAGGAUCUUUUUGAAUUCGAUGACGACGAUUGGGUUGAUGGCAGCCGACCAAACACUGUCCAAAAGUACUAUCUCUCUGACGAUGAUUCUGAAUUUGAAGACGACGAUGACUUGGUGGACGAUGACACUAUUGCCCGCAUCAUGAUUGUCACCCAGCGCAAGCGUAACGACAAGUCGCACACCUCGUUCGAUCGUGCUAAAAUGAAUGACGAUAUCUUGGACAUGAUCAACGAGGGUUUGUAUCAAUACGAGAGCGGUUUGGGUUCGACUGACAAUGCCAACAGCAACCGUAAGGUUGGCACUUUGGAUCCCGAGCACUUUGCCCAACUGAGUGCCAGUGCCAAACAGCGCGAAAUCAACCUUGGCGACUUGGUCACAAAGUCGGCCAAGCCUAUCAAGACCAACAAGAAGGCUCCUCGAUUCUACCCCGUCCGACCCGAGUCGCUUCCAAGCAGCGCAUUCUAUGGCUCCACGCCAACAGCAACAACGACAGCAAAUGCUGGUAGCGGAAAGAAGCAUGAUCAGGAUCAUGGUCACGUUGGUUGGGUCCUUAGCGAAGAGGCAUACCACUACAACCCCAACGACUUGCUGUCCACCAGCUAUGGAAAGUCGCCUGCCAUGAACGAACUGUCCACUUCGAUCGAUAUGGCUCACUCAUUCCCUCACUUUGAGCAUCCCAGUCACGAGUUGUUGCGCGAGAAUGGCUUCGUCCAGCACAAAUACUACAAAUACCACGCCAAGGCACUUAGAGAGCGUAAGCGAUUGGGUGUUGGCCUUUCGCAAGAAAUGAACACACUCUUCCGCUUCUGGUCUCACUUUUUGCGCGACCACUUCAACAAACGCAUGUACAACGAGUUCAAGAAGUUUGCUGUCGAGGAUGCUAAUCAAAACUACCGAUAUGGUUUGGAAUGCUUGUUCCGCUUCUACUCUUACGGUUUGGAGAAGCGUUACCGCAAGGAGAUCUUUGCUGACUUCCAGGAAUUGACGCUUUCUGACUAUGACAACGGUCACCUGUACGGUUUGGAGAAGUUCUGGGCUUACACCUACUACCGCAAGGACAAGUCCAAGAGAGAAAUCAAGGUCAACGAACGUCUGAACGGUCUUCUUUCCAAGUACAAGUCGGUCAAGGACUUUAGAGGUGCCGAGGUACCACAAAAGGACGGUGAUGAAUCGUACAAAGUUCCUCACCAUGGCGUAAGUGCUUCUUUGUCUCUGAGGAAUUCAUAAAGGUGAUCUAGCAGUAAUAUGAGGUAUUAACGUGGUUUUUUUUUUCUCUAGAAGCAACAGCGUGGUAGCGUGAGCGGCCCAUCUGGCGCAGCUUCGCAUGCAGCUUAAAAAAA